CGAAGUGACGUCCGUGAAAUGAAGGCUGACAUAAAUAGCUUUAAAGACAGUGUGAACUUCAUGAACCUCGAGUUCGAAGACGUUAAGGCCAAGUUUGGCACAGUUCUAAAGGAAAAUGCCGAGCUUAAGAAAGAAAACGGAAACCUUUCGGAAAAAAUCAGCCAAAUGGAAAGGCGUCUAAUCGACUACCAGGAUCGGCUCACAGAAGCUGAGCAAUAUUCAAGAAACUCCAACCUAGAAAUCAAGGGCGUUGUAAAGUACGAUCACGAAGUACUUCCCGACCUGAUCAAUAGGCUAGGGGAAUCAAUCGGCGAGCCAAUCGCUAGAAGUGACAUUGCGAUCUGUCAUCGCGUGCCAACCCAGGACGCCACCAAAUCUAACAUUAUUCUCCAACUUGUAAGCCGCAGCAAACGUGAUGCCGUCCUCGAUAAGGCAAAAAAGAAGCGCAUUAAGAACUCGGAUCUUGGCCUUGACACGGAUGCCCCUGUCUUCGUCAACGAACACCUCUGCCCAUCUUUGAAGCGGGUUCUCGGAAAAGCGAUUGCCAGAAAGCAUCAAUGUAAUUGGAAA